AUGCUCCUCGCCGCUACCCGACGCAUCACAUCGCACUCUGUUCGACGCUCCGUACCAGACAUGCUAGCAACCUCAACCAGGCCGGCCGUCGCAGGGCCAAACGGAAAGGCGACAUACCACACUGUCACUGCGCUCAAAAGGUGGUCAUGCGACGACAAAGAGCUGCCUGCCGUAUCCGAGGUCAAGGCAAUUCACAUCUAUGACUUCGACAACACCUUAUUCGCAAGCCCUCUACCCAACAAGCAGCUAUGGAACAGCGCGACGAUCGGUCAGCUGGGCUCGCCCGACAUAUUCCUCAACGGAGGCUGGUGGCACGACUCGGGCAUUCUGGCAGCGACCGGCGAAGGUAUUGAGAAGGAGGAACCACGCGCAUGGCAAGGCUGGUGGAACGAACAAAUCGUCGAGCUCGUCGAAUCUUCCAUGGCCCAGAAGGAUGCGCUUAGUGUGCUUCUGACUGGCAGAGGAGAAUCCGACUUUGGCGACCUCGUCAAGCGCAUGGUUCGCAGCAAGCGAUUAGACUUCGACAUGGUCUGUCUGAAGCCCGCGAUAGGACCUGCAGGCCAGAAGUUCAGGAAUACCAUGGACUUCAAGCAAGAGCUGCUCAAGGACAUCGUCUACACAUACAAGGACGCGGAGAAGCUGAACAUCUACGAGGACCGCGUGAAGCAUACCAAGGCCUUCCGCGACUUCUUCUUCCAGUUCAACGAGGACCUGCUCAGGGCGCAAAACCAGGCGUCACGCCGACCCAUCACUACUGAAGUCAUACAGGUCCCAGAGAAUGCCACACAACUCGAUCCCGUGGCCGAAAUCGCCGAAAUACAGAAGCUGAUCAACGCGCACAACAUACAAGUCAAGUCGGGCAGCGCCCCGCCUGGCACGCCGCCUUAUCAGAUCAAGAAGACCGUCUUCUACACCGGCUACAUGAUUCCCUCCGACGUGACCGAGAAGUUGACCUCCCUCGUCUCCUUACCUCAGGGCGCUCCGAGAGACGACAUUCGAUAUCUUGCGAACAGCAUACUCAUCACACCGAAACCGUGCCCGAAGAGCAUACUGGACAAGGUUGGCGGUAUAGGUGCCAGGGUCAGGUGGAAGGUGACAGCCAUCUCCUGCUUUGAGAACAAGCUCUGGGCUGCGAGGGUGGAAGCCGUACCUAAGGGAACAAAGUUCUACAGUGAGAACCCUGUACCGACGGUAGUUCUGGCUAUUCGCAAGAAUGGCCGGCCAGCAGAUGCUGCGCGUAUCGUGAACUGGCAUCCCGUACCUCAGGACCAGGCAUUCGAGUUUGAUAGCGUUGUAGGCGAGAAGCAGAUGUUGCGUAUCGAGGAAGAGACAGCGAACGAGAGCGAGUAUGAGAGUUACUUUCCCAACAAAGCUCACCGCAAGGAGGACCAGAAUGGUCGCAACGACAAUUACCGGCCAAACCACGGCCGAGGAGGCAGGGACAGAGACGACCGGCAAGGCGGUUACCGUGGUGGCAACCGAGAUCGCGGUCGUGGUAACAACAGAAACAACAACUAUGGAUCAAGAGGAGGUGCUCGCGGCGGCUACCGGGGAGAUCGUGGUGGAGGUGGUGGUGGUGGCGGCGGCGGCGGCGGCGGCGGCGGCGGUCGGGGACGUGGCCGGGGUGGAGGUGGGCAGUAUCGAAGUUUGGAUGAUGUCGACAACGGCUAUGGGAACCGAAGCCAUGACAACAACCCAGAUGCUUUCUACUGA